AUGUGGGUCACAGGAACUAUGGUUUCGAGCGUUUCGAUAAUCGUAACUUUACCGCUCGUUAAGUCAAACGUUUUUGUGCCGCGUAUUGAUUUUCCAUUUGACGUGUUCUCGAAAUCUAAGCUGCACUGUGUUGCCAGAACUCAGAGAACGCGUGAUCUCCCUGAGUCUUCAAUCAUAGAGCGUGAAACGCAUCCAACUGUGUUGAUUAGCAGUUACGAUAUUUCUAAAGAAGCUGAAACUGAACAGUUGAUCGUUGUCAACGGAACAACAACCAGAACGCCGAGUCGGAAAUUGCUCGUACUUGUGCACGAACCCGUGACGUUUGCAAAUGAGGCGCUGAACAGGUCCAAAGAAACAAGUCGAGAGCCGGAGUCAGGCGAUGAACCUGCCACGACUUUGUCAACUUCUAAGCACGAAGUUCAGACGGUGGCUAGAGAAACGACGACAAACACCGUCAUGGUAUCUCCGACAUACAUUGUUCAUACAGCGGCAACCCCGUCGGUCAACGAAACUGCUUCGUACGUGACGCGAAAUAUCACGAAGUUGGACGUGUCUGAAACUGUGCAUUACGAUAGAAAUGUUGAAGAAGAACCAGGCAGCGAAGGUUAUCUGGCUAAGAGUACUUCUACAGCUAGUUCAACGCGGUAUUCUCAUUUAACAGCGAAACCACUGACUGCAUCUCUACAUACAACGAAUUUUUCAACUGCCCCAGAUGUCAGCUCCAGAAUAUUGACGAAAUUUUUGUCAACUUCAACUGUGGCUGCCACACUCGCACAGCGCUCUAGCUCAGUCACUUCUGUUCAAGGAAAAGCUUUAGAAAAGCAUACGCCAAUAGCCGAAACGGUGACCCGACAGCUUUCCAUGAUCUCCAGCUCGCCUCACAUUGAAAAAACUAGCCAAGGACAAGCGAACACAACUGAAGCAAAGGAUCUAUCUUAUUCUCUGGCAAACAAAACCACGAAUGCAAUCAGAAUAACACCGAGUAAUGAUUCGGCGUCAGAUGAUUAUCUGUUGAGAGAAGAGGUGGAGGUGGACCUGCAUUUCAAUAACGCUAGCGAUGUUUUCGAAAUAGUGUUGGAGAAGAAGCCGUCUCCAAUGAUAGUCGAUAACGUUACCAGUUCAUCAGUCUUUAGUACCACUCUCAUCGAUGAAUAUAACCAAACGGACAGUGCGAAAGCCCCCUUGUUGAACGCUACUUCGGUAGAAGUUGCAUUCAGAAACUCUGAAACAGUGACCACGCGCCAGACAGAUAUGACCAUGUCUCAGCACACGAGACCAAUAGAGAGCAUUUCACCACCGAUAGGAAAGCUGCCUCUCUGUUCAGAAAAUAUCACGUACGAGAUCAAGCAGCCGGAUGCACUGUCGAAGGUGACAUAUUCGAAAGAGUUGCAAGCAAGGUCAAUUCACCACUGCGCCGAGUUGUGCUAUGAAAACCGGUGCCUUUCAGCGGCUUUUCUUGAGCCGGCAGUGGCUGAUGAGACCGGGACAUGUCUAUUGUCGUUCAAGGAAGAGUUCUGUUCCCGUAACCCCGAGAGACACACAAAUUAUGACGGAGUCCCGCCAGUUGAAAUCCACUGUCUGAAAUGCGGACAAUUCAUGGUCGACGAUAGGCCAAAUGUAAUUACGAAAGAUGAACAUGUAAUCGGAUUUAAAUUGGAAGAAUAUAAACAGAAACGGAAGUUCGCUGGUAAAUAUCACUAUCACAGCACUCUGUUUUAA